AUGGCAAUGGAAAAGGUUUUUCAACCGGAAUUGCACGAAUUCGUUUCGCCACUUGUCAAUUUUGAAGUUUUCAGAGAAAAAGCUAUUAUUGCCCGAAAUGCUAUGCGGAAGGCUGCUCGGUUACCUGAGCCUGCUCUGUUAGCUUAUCCUGAAUCCAUCCCACCUGCACCUCCUUAUGUACGUGAAGCCCGAGUAGAGGACGUUAUUGUAAAGAAGGAGUCAUUUGUACUUGACAUUGUCGAUAAGGCAGCGUCUACAUUGGGCAUAUCAGUUGAAAGUUUAAAAGCAGCUGCAGAGAGAUUAAGCGUGAUGGAUUCUUUGUCAGCUAUGAACAAUCGUGACAUAUUUUUUCGGAAAAAAAAUGAAAAGCAAGACAUUCCUGCGGAUACCCAGCUGGAAACGUUGAAAGUGAAGCAGAAAGUUUUGGAAGACUACAAUCCUAUAAAAAGGAAACCGAUAGAUAGGUUUUGCGAUCCAGAGGAACGCGAACAAGAUAAACAGUUAAGAACGAAGAUUUUUUCCAAAUUACGACACGAAGAGAGGGUAUUAAAAUAUGGUGAUUAUUUCCCAAAUGAAAUAAAACGUGAAAGGCUGACCGUCCCGGUUGAAACGGCUGUAGACGAUCUUGUUGUUACAAUCAACAUUUUGAAGCCUCAUAAUCGAGCUCUCGAUGGUUUUGAAAGAAGAUCUCUCAGACUUACUCCUCAUUGGAAAUACGUCUUGCGUGGUGAGAACUCACUGCUUGAUGUCCAUUCGUUGUUUAAAUGCUCUGCAGAUUUUGGAACGAGGUCUGACCUAGGCGACGUUGUACCCAAAGUGGAAGACUUUAAUUUUAUAAGGUAUCCCUCGUCAUUUUUAUUCAUUCAUGACACUUUUUACAUUGCGGAUUAUUAUACGGGGAUGGCGGAAGUCGUUCAGCAGAUCAGUGAAGUGCCAUUAACGCAGCUGGUCGAUUUGUCCGAACCUAUAAGGAUGUGGAUGCUUCGUAAGAAGGACCAAUUCGGCCCAACGCGAGUAAAAAGCAUCACAAACGUUACGGUCAAGGAGCUGACUUGUCGCUUGGGUUACCCAUAUGUUUAUGUGCACCAGGGCUGCUGCGAACACGUUUUUUUCUUUUCAGAUCUAAGGCUGAUGACUCCUCAGGAUUAUCCGGAAUCUUACCCUCAUAGAGUCUCUGACGAAAGCAUAACUAAUUAUUGUGUUGUUUGCCAUCGAAAUCUUGCUGAGUAUAUAGUUGAAUCUGAAAAGCUUCCUGUUUAUCCGGCUCACAUGUGUAGUGACUGUUAUCGUGGUUUUUUUUAUGACGGCGAUUACAAACCAGACAGGGAUUCAAAGGCAUAUUUUUAUGCUGAUCCUGCCACCUUAGCUUUAUGA